AUGGCUAAGACAUACACUGCUUGUAACUGGGUCCGAUCCCGGGUCACUGAAGAAGACCUGAACAACUUCGUUGCAACUGGCACCUUAGCCAAGAAAGAGGACAUCCACUGGAGGGUCUCUAUCGAAGAAAAUCCACCUAAGCCCAAGGACGGAGAAGCCAACUCUUCAUUUUGGAAGAAGAAACCGCAAGAAAAACCGGCCAAACUGGCUCGUACCAAGACCAAGGUCACCAAGAGGCCUGCUAAGAAGAAAACCAUCGAGGCUGCCGGGAAGAGGCCGACGCCAGCCGUGCAGAUGAUGCAGAGGGCCAUGGCAAAACCCAGCAAGAAGGCGAAGGUAACCAAAACUCCUGAGAACCCUUCUGAGUCGGAGCAGCAGCCAGAAAAAACCUCUCAAGCUCCUGAAGCCACAGUUGAUGAACCGCCACCAGUUGAUCACAAUGUUGAUGUUGACCAGAUGAAUGUUGACCCGACCAUCACUGAUCCACCAAGCCCCAUCAAAACGGCAAGUCCUAUUAAACCGGCGGAAGAAAAAGACGAUGAUGUUACCAUCACUGGGCAUGGCUAUACAGAGCCAGGCAAACCCACUGUCCUAUCCAAACACAGUGCUAAGGAAGAAAUUCCUAUUGCUGACAAGGGCAAGUGGUCAGUCAAUCUGGACAGUUAUGCCAGUUUCAGUGCCCAAGAAAUUCACUCUAGGUAUUUGAACCAUCUUUAUACAAGCCGCGACUAUGAAGCCGGCUUAGUAAACUUGAUGAAGGAGUGCUAUGAGGCCGAACUUAGUAGCAAAGAAUCCCAAGUCGACGACCUUCAAGAAAACAUCAAGUCUCAGCAAGCAGAAACCUCCAAGGCCAAAGAGAUGAGCUGA